CUCCAACUCUCCAACUCUCCAACUCUCUACACCAAACUACCUCACUAUUCAUUGUUCUCUGUCACUCAACCAGCAACGACUACUGUGACGACAACCUCCCUGUCUUCCUAAGCCAUCUUCGUACGAGAUCCUGGGCCUACACGGCCGAUCGGACCUUCAAGAGGCCUUAUUUCUCCCGCUAUUCACAUCUCUCCUUCGAACGUUUCCAUUUCUGUCAGCCCCCAAGCCUCUCUCACGCACUCAACCAUCAAACUCGGCCGCUCUACUCGUGUUUGCACCUACGGCCAGCCUUGUAACUGAGUUUUUCGGCUUUUCAAGAUGGAGGUCAUCGAGGGGCUCAUGACCCAGUCCGCCCAGUUGCGUGAAGCCGCGUAUCUGUCCGACCAGAGCUACGAUCGCCAGAUCCGUGAGAAUGUGGCAUCUCUAAGACAUGUCGUGUCCACCAAGUCUCUUGGUGCUUUUGCUAGCAACGACUCUCUCCUUGACCAUUUCGACCCAGUUGCAGACUCUCUCGUCUACUUGUUUCUUCUUCGCGCCCAAAUACAAGCCUUCCAAGAGCAAUCACGGGAAAAGGUGCCAGCAGCCUUGCUUCCUCCCGGGAAUCUCUGGUCGAGGGUCGUAUCCUACCUGAGGACGUUCGAUCCAGUCCCGGUGAGAUACGCGGGCCAAGAGUGGCGCCAGCUGAUUGAACUUGUUGCACAGGCUGCACAGGUGGUUUCCAAGCAUAUCCUAGCCGUGCGAAUGGUCAGGGAUGCCAUGUUGCGGCUAGAUCCUUCAUGUGCUGUCUUCACUUCGACGCACCUACUUUUUGUCCGUCUCUGCUUGCGUGCAAGGGCAUACACCUAUGCGUUGCCCGUACUGGACAAAUACGUCUGCCACUUCCCUACCUCGACUUCCCACCCUGCGUCCAAAUCCUCUGUGUUGCCGUGUGCGGCGCAUGACUCAAGCUUGUCCUUUAUCACAGAGACCUCUGGGAUUUCGGCCAAGUUGACGUACAAGGACUAUCUACAAUAUUUUCUUUGCGGUGGAAUGGUCUAUAUGGCACUGAAGCAGUGGAGUAAGGCAGCACGUUUUCUUGGGAUUGUUAUCUCGAUGCCAACGGUGGGCCCCAUCAGCAUGAUCAUGGUGGAGGCUUACAAGAAGUGGAUCUUGGUGAGCUUGCUGGAGAAGGGCAAGUUGUCUUCGCCUUCGAAUCUGAUUUCACCAAAUGUGGUCAAAGUUUAUCACUCAUUGGCCAAGCCCUAUGUCAACCUGGCCCACAGCUUUCAAAGAGGUGACUUGAAGCAUCUGGAGGCGGAGGUUGACGCAGCUCGGGACAUUUGGUGCACUGAUAACAACAUGGGCCUUGUCUCUCAAGUCCUUGGUGCCUACUCCAAACAUACUGUCCUGGGUAUCAAGCAGACCUUUGCUGCCUUGACGGUCAAGGAGCUUGCGGAUCAGGCAUCACCCGUGCGGAUGAGUGAUGAAGCCACAGAAUCGGUCAUAGCUUCGCUUAUUAUGUCAGGUGCUGUGAAGGCCACUCUAGUGCAACAUUCAAGCCAGAACAGUUCAACUAUGCUGCGAUUUUCGGAGGCCCACUCUUUGACCCAGCUCUCGGAUGAGAGUAAGACACAAACUUGUCUUGCAUGGGAAAGACAGUCUCUCGGGACUCUGAUGGGCCAUCUUGACGAAAUCAGCCAUCAUAUGGAGCUCAGCGACGAAUUUGUUGAUGGUAUGCAGAAAGGCCAGGUCUGGUCAAAUACGGGUGAUGUUAAUCCAGGCAUAGGCGAGGACACUGCACUCGAGAUAGAUGAGGAUCUCAUGGGUGAGGUAUCGUAGGAAUGUGGAGCUUUAGGGAUACAGAGCUAUGAUUACCUACUAUUAUUCUUCAUACUAGCCAAGCCAUCAUAUUGCCAUUCAGUACAGAGUGUUGUCUUUGUAACAGCUAUGCCUUUAGGGAGAUCUUGAUGCGGAU